GUACAAAAAGAUCAUCUGAAUCCGAUGAUUCACCUGUUGUAUAGGACAGUGUACCUGGUACUUCGACUCUCUUUAACAACAUUUCAGGCAAUGGAAAAAGUAAUGGGAUCCCUCCGACAAAAAAAUGAAGCCAAAGGCCAAACUUGGGGCUUAAAGCACUUGAAGAUUUGACAAAUACAUCUGAGCAUGGUGCUAACAAGAGAUUAUUGAAUGCUGUAUUGGAUUGUAUGACCAAGAUAUCAACAGAUAUCUCAAGUUUGAGCCUCGAUGUUAAAACCAUGAAACUGGAUAUCAGCAAGAUUAAGGCAGCAGUCAAAGAUACGAAGAAAAUCAGAAGUACAACUAUGGAUUUUAUUGCCACAGUUCCACAACUGUCUAAAAAGUACAAUUAUGAUAUACCAUUUAAAACUAUGGUAGAAUUUCAAACAUUUAAUAUUCAUUUGUUGGAGAAAAGUGAUCUUAAAGAAUCAGUGUCAAUUGUACUUCAAUCUGGAUUGGAUCCACAAAUGGUCAUUUCAAAAUCAAUUGUCAGCAUGUUAAAGAUGUUUCUAAGGAAAGAUGCAGCUAUUCAAUGCGUAGCUGUCAGGAAAUUAGAAGAUAGAGUUCCAAUAAGAGAUAUACCUUUUCUUCAGUGCGUAACAGUUGUUAUAAAAGAACACAGAUUGAUGGCUAAUCUGGAGAUCACAGAUAAGGAUAUUACAAGUUCCUUAAGUACUGUCCUGUCGAAUGCAAGCCAAUGGUACGUGCCAAGAAAAUCUUUACCUGAAAAUGCAACCAAGUCAACGAGUCCUGCACAAAAAUCUAAAGUUUCCAAGAAUACUGCAGCAUCGACUGCAUUAGUACAAGUAGUUGCCAUAGAGCCUACUGCACAGAAAGAUUUAAAUGAUCCAAAUACAGUUUUUACUCCAAUGCAAUUUGAAUUUGCAAAUGUAGAAGAGGAUGAGGAAGAGUUUGAUGACGAAUUUGACGAGGAUUAUCUUUCUAGAUUGAAUGUAGGAUUGUAAAAAAAUACUAUGUACUUACAUUUUACAAUGUUUUAAAUAUUUGCAUGCAAUAUUAUUUAAAUUUAUUUAUU